AUGGUUCAUCUGGAACUUAUACUAGCUUCUUGCUUAUUAGAAUCAAAGUAUCAUGAUCGCGAACCGUCCGAGUUCGAUCCCCCUGACCGCGAAGUCAAUCUCUUUGUUUCCGAGUCUACCGCAUACCACUGCCGCCCAACACCAUCCUUCCCGAACCUGCAGCCAAUAGACCCGUCCAACUUCUUAGAACAACACCUGGGUAAACUCCGCGCGAUUCUCGACAAUGCUCACUGGGCCAAAGUUCUCCAUCAUAAUUCAAAGCCCCGCAACAUAACCUUUAACUCGGCCCAAGUAUUUCCAGAGUAUAAUCCUUCCCUCCUACAAGAAAAGAGGGUCACAGACGAGGUUGAACUGGUGGACUAUUUUAUUAAUGCCUUAGCUCGGGACUUUGAAGAAGGCAGGCUGAAUUGUACAAUCUUAUAUUAUUACAACUGGUUCCAGUAG